AUGCUUCACAUUAUCAUAGCCCACAUCAUCAACCCCCUUGCCUACAUCGUACCGGUCCUACUCGCCGUAGCUUUCCUGACCCUAAUUGAACGAAAAGUCUUGGGCUAUAUGCAACUGCGAAAAGGACCAAAUGUGGUAGGCCCUUACGGACUACUUCAGCCAAUCGCAGACGGAGUUAAACUCUUUAUUAAAGAACCUGUCCGACCCUCCACAUCCUCCCCAUUCUUAUUCCUAGCCACCCCUACCUUGGCCCUCACACUGGCACUCACACUAUGAGCACCCCUGCCCCUACCCUUCCCUGUUACUGACCUUAAUCUCAGCAUACUAUUUAUUUUAGCACUAUCCAGCCUAGCCGUGUACUCAAUCCUGGGGUCUGGGUGGGCAUCUAAUUCAAAAUACGCCCUAAUUGGGGCCCUGCGGGCCGUCGCCCAAACCAUUUCCUACGAAGUGGCGCUAGGACUCAUCCUUCUAUGCACUAUCGUAUUUACAGGGGGUUUCACCCUGUCAAUGUUCAGCAUCACACAAGAAGGAAUUUGACUACUAGCCCCAGCAUGACCUCUUGCGGCAAUGUGGUACAUCUCCACACUAGCAGAGACCAAUCGAGCACCAUUUGAUCUAACUGAGGGGGAGUCAGAACUUGUAUCCGGGUUCAACGUAGAAUACGCCGGAGGGCCCUUCGCCCUUUUCUUCCUAGCUGAAUACGCCAACAUUCUCUUCAUGAAUACCCUAUCAGCAGUACUCUUUAUAGGGGCCUCACACUUCCCCUCAUUUCCCGAGUUUACCACCAUUAGCAUCAUAUUUAAAGCAGCCCUUCUUUCCGGGCUAUUCUUAUGAGUUCGGGCCUCCUACCCACGAUUCCGAUAUGACCAACUAAUACACCUGGUGUGAAAAAACUUCCUUCCCCUUACAUUAGCGCUAAUUCUCUGACAUAUCUCCCUUCCGGUGGGGACUGCAGGUCUCCCUCCCCAAUUCUAG